AUGUUGAACGUUCUCUCGUUGUUGGGCUGGAGCUUCCUUCCGAAUCUCGUCACGGGCUGGGUGCAGGCCAUCUACUACGGCAUCACGAUCCGGGCGGGCGAGGCGAAGCCGCAGCCGGGCACGCCGCGCUACGCCGAGCACCGCCGCCGCAUCCACAUCCUGGUCGUGUCCGUCUACCUGGCUUACACCAUCUACGAGGCCGACUACGAGCUGCAGCGCGCCGGCAGCUUCUACGGCGACCUAGGCGUCGGCCUCGACGCUACCGACCGCGAGAUCAAGUCGCGCUUCCGUCGCCUGGCCGCCACCUUCCACCCAGACAAGGUGGGCAAGGGAGGGGGGGACGCCGCCGCCGACAUGGCGACGGACCCCGACGCCGUCAACACGUACUUCAUCCACCUCAAGACGGCCUCGGACACGCUGCUAGACCCGGCGCGGCGCUUCGCCUACGACCGCUUCGGCCCCGCCGCCGUCGGCUGGGGCGCCCAGCGCUGCAAGACGGUGCGCGACUACGUGACGGUCGGCGGCCAGGUGCUGCUGGCCCACUACGGCGUCAGCGCUGCCGCCCUCUACGGCCUCGGCCUGCUGGGCUACAUGGACUGGGGCCGGUACGAGCGGUGGUUGGCCAUGGCCGCCAUGUUCGCCUUUGAGGCCCACACUAUGACGCGCCCCGGCCGCCCCGCCGUCGUCGACAAGCUGCUCAACCCGCUGCUGGCCUUGUUUGCCGGCGGCGGCUCCCGCGUCCCCUAUCUGCCCUUCCAGGCCAUCACCCUCGCCCGACAGCUCAGCAUCACGCUGUCCAUCGCGCUGAUGCAGAUCGGCCCGCUCCUGACGGCGGACACGUCGGGCGGGCAGAUCGCCACGAGGCGCCACGGCGGCGGCGCGGGUGAGAACGACGUGGCGCUACGGCAGGGCCUAGACCGCCUCGAGGCCGUGGCCAAGGGCCUCGACUCGGACGCCUCGCGGCUGCUGGACAUGGAGAUGGCGCCGUACGCCGGCGACGGCGACAUGCUGGCCGCCAUGCGAAGCAAGGUCAAGGAGUGGCUGGUGCAGAACACCAUCCGCGGCGACCCCAUGGUGCGCGACGCGCUCGGUAGGUCGCUCACUAAGCGGAGGGUGGACGCGCCUGCGGGAGCGAGAGGGACGAGGUGA